CCCACCGCCCGCCCGCCCGCCCAGGAGCCGGGCUGGCGCGCUCGCUUUCUCCGCGAAAGCCGGUCGUGUACCUAGAAAUUAACCGGCCGGCGCGGAGGGGAGGGGAGCGGGGCGGGGGGGAUGCUGAGCGCGCGCGAGAACAAUAAUAAGAUCGUGUUUGCGGUCGCUGCCCAAGGAAGAAUUCGGAGCAGACGCGAGGCCCGGCGCUCGCGCCGCGCCCGGGAGCCCGGGAGGGAGGCCGGCGGCGGCGGCAUGAGGCAGGCGACGCGGCGCUUGUGAGCAACGCGCGGCGGCGGCGGCGGGGACCUCGGCGCGGCUGGACGCGAGAGCAGCGAGCGGCCUGGGGCGCCCCUCCCCCGCUGCCGGGCCGUGAUUUGCCGGGCCUGCUGCGCCCCCCGCCCAUCCCUCGCCUCAGCCGCAGCCUCGCCGCUUCCCCUCGUCGGAGCGGCCGCUAGUCCGCCCUGCUCGAGGCCCUCGGGGAGCGCGGCGCGGUCCGUCGGCCCGCAGGGGGGCGGCCUCCCGGCAUCUUCGCAGCUACCAAGGACGACCAGGAAGAGGAGCGGCUGGGAUGGCGCGUCCGCGGCCCCGCGAGUACAAAGCGGGCGACCUGGUCUUCGCCAAGAUGAAGGGCUACCCGCACUGGCCCGCCCGGAUUGAUGAACUCCCAGAGGGAGCUGUGAAGCCUCCAGCAAACAAGUAUCCCAUCUUCUUUUUUGGCACCCAUGAAACUGCAUUUUUAGGUCCCAAAGACCUCUUUCCAUAUAAGGAAUACAAAGACAAGUUUGGAAAGUCAAACAAACGGAAAGGAUUUAAUGAAGGAUUGUGGGAAAUAGAAAAUAACCCAGGAGUAAAGUUCACUGGAUACCAGGCAAUUCAGCAACAGAGCUCUUCAGAAACAGAGGGAGAAGGUGGAAAUACUGCAGAUGCAAGCAGUGAGGAAGAAGGUGACAGAGUAGAAGAAGAUGGAAAAGGCAAAAGAAAGAAUGAGAAAGCCGGCUCAAAACGGAAAAAGUCAUACACUUCAAAGAAAUCCUCUAAACAGUCCCGGAAAUCUCCAGGCGAUGAAGAUGACAAAGACUGCAAAGAAGAAGAAAACAAAAGCAGCUCUGAGGGUGGAGAUGCUGGUAAUGACACGAGAAACAUAACUUCAGACUUGCAGAAAACCAGUGAAGGGACCUAACAACCCUAAUGAAUGCUGCAUAUUAAGAGAAACCACAAGAAGGUUAUAUGUUUGGUUGUCUAAUAUUCUUGGAUUUGAUAUGAACCAACACAUAGUCCUUGUUGUCAUUGACAGAACCCCAGUCUGUAUGUACAUUAUUCACAUUCCUCUCUGUUGUGUUUGGGGAAGACAUUUUAGCCUUUUUUAAAGUUACUGAUUUAAUUUCAUAUUAUUUGGUUGCAUGAAAUUGCCCUUAACCACUAAGGAUUAUCAAGAUUUUUGCGCAGACUUACACAUGUCUAGGAUCCUUUUAUCAAGGCAGUUAUGUUCAGCAUUUUCUUGCCUUUACUCCACCAUCACCAAACACUCAGUUAAAUAUAAAUUAGCAUUUUUAGAUGACCACUCAAUACUUAAGGAUAGAAUUUCUUCUUUGUGCCAGAAUCCAAGAACUAAUUCCUAAAUACAUAAUCUUGGUAUAUUUAAGAUGAAAUUAAAAUUGUCCUUCAGUUUUGAGGCCAUGUGUAAAGUUUAACCAUACUGUAAAAUAUCUAUUCCGUAUUAGAAAUAGUUGACCGCCUAUACUUCUCAAAAUUCAUAUUGUUAUGUACACAAGCUAAGUUUCUAUAUGUGAAGUUAGUCUUUUUUUGUGUUACUCCAGAAGAAAGGCAAUGAUUUAUUUUUUCCCAAUGCCAAUACAAUUUGAACCAAUCUCUCAAGGUGGACACUUUACAUUUUAAAGCUGGACUCAGCAGCAGCCUAUGGGAAACCAGACUAAGCAUUGACUUUAAAUACAGUCUUUAAAAUGAACUGUUUCCUUUUGGAACUAGAAUUAGAAUAGUUAGUAUUCAUCCACAAACCAUUACUAUGUGUACAUUAUUGUUGCUAUUGUGAUAAUAGAGAAUUUUAUUUAUUUUUAUGCCAGCUUAUAUUGUGAGAACACAUUUAGUCAGUUUGAGUUUUAUCAAUCCUGUUAUGCUUGUCUUUGGAACAUCUUUUGCGUAUUCGAGGUUUGUAGUUGAAAAGUUUACUGUAAAAAAAAAUGAAAAACAAAAAAAUGUAUUGUUUUUACAGAAUAAAUUUAUUGGAAUGUGUACUGGGAGUAAGAUUUGAGGUUGUAAACAACUAAGUUAGUGUAAUUUGGCUUCAUAUAUGUAAUGUGAGGUAUUAAUGUUAAUUCCUAUAUUAAAGCAAAAAUUGUUAACAGCAAGUUGACAA